AUGCCUACCCGCAAGAAAAAGGUCCCCGCCGUCAACGUUGACCAUACUGGUACCCUAGAACUCUUGAAGGAAUUAUAUGAAGUUCUGAAGAAAUUCCAACAGACCGUCGAGGAGAAAUCCCGGAACGUGCCCCCCGAUCGGGCCGCAGGCGCCACGUACUUUCCUAUUUUCGAAGGAUUUAUGGAGCAUUUCAAAACGAUCAUCGACCAUCAGAUAGACAGCCGGCUAGACAAUGCUCGGCUGGUCGAGGAGUGCCCCCGGCUGUGUGAUUUCUUCCGGCAUCAGGUCGCAUCCCUAUACUUAUUGCCACUCAAAAUUAUCUUCGUCGCCAUCAAACCUACGCUCCCGGUCGUGAGCUCGCCAAUCUUGGGUCUUAUGAGUUACAUUUAUCACGUCAAACUUGAAGAAUGUCGCGCUGCACCCGCCCUUGUUCCAGAGACCUGGAAGGAUGACGGGAGAAAUAUCGGCCAAUGCUGGGAGAGUAUCUUGGCCGCUUUUGGAGACGGAAUAAGGCUUUUCAUGAUCAACGCACAACAGGGUAAAAAACUCAGCCAAUUCCAAGUUAUGGUAGGAAAGGUUUUUUAUCCCUUUCUAGCUCAAGUGGUGGGCUUCCAGGACUCAAGUAACCCACACAGGCUGAGCGACUACGCCAAGAGAUCACUUUUAGACGCCGGAGAAUCUCUGAGCGGGACAUGUGCUGAGAACAAGGACCUCAUACGAGAUCCCACCAUAUUUGGCCCUGCGAUAUUAUCCCAUAACAUCUUCAACCACUCGGACUUUAUCACCGCCAACAUAGCCUUACAAAUAGCUUACGGAGUCGCGCCGCCUCACAAAAUCGGCAAAGGGGGGUCUAAAAGCGCCAGGAUCCCGUUAGAUAAUAAGACUGCUAGGAAAGAUUGGUUCAGGCAGAUUUUCCCAGUUGAAAAAUUUGGUAAAAGCUUUCAAGAGCAAAUGGUCUCCCGGUUAGCUUCCCUGCCAAGUCAACAGUUUUGGACAGGCCUCGGUGAUAUCCAGGAGAAAAUUUUCGAGAACGAUGAAUCAAGGGCUUGCGCCGUGCCAAUCCAAUCCGGGACCGUUGGGGAAAGGGAGAUCCAAUUUAACACUUUUGCAGCAUCGCCUAUGAAAAAUACGGUCCAAUUCAAUAAGCAUUCCUUGACGUGGAGUAGCUUGGUUUCCAAGCUGGGCGACGAUUCAGUUACUGUUAAUGAAGAAAAGACUGCCGAAAUUUGCUACGAGGCAAUUGCAUCAGCUAAGCUCACUGGAAUAUCGAAAUCUAGGGCACCGUUACCUCAAUGCGAGGAAUUGACUUUAUCCAUAGAGUUCAGCAGUAAUUCUCCUAUCGAAAGCUGUUCUCCAACGGUCUAUUACGCUCCAGAUGACAGUGACGUGCGAGCGAAACUGAACAUGAGAUUGCAGCCACAAUUUGCCGAUGCAAUUUCAAGUAUAUUGAGGCAGCGCAAAAUCAAAUUCUCUCGUUUUGGGAGUUACUUUGAAUCUCACCAGACAGAUGAUGAGGAUACGAAGAUAGUGGAGAUAGAUUCCGACCCACCGCUGCCCGUUCCUGGUGAAAAGAUGACACGACAAACGUCGAAAAUAUCAAUUUCCAAGGAACCUGUUUGCUCUUGGGAAGCUGAACAUUCUUCCGAAAAUCCGCCGCAUACAAAUUCGCGUCAAAGAGUUGAAUCAGUCCAGAGGGAAGCGGGAAUCAACUCCUCGCGAGAAGAAGACUCAAACAGCUUUUCCGAACAGCCCACCGAUCUGGGCAGAAUAAAUGAUCGAAGUCCUUCUGUUUCUGUUGUUGUAGAAUUAAACUCCAAAUCCUCCCCAAGCGUUGUUCACACCGGAACACCGAUGUCUCCAAAAAGAAAAGGCCAUCCGAGAGUAUCUUCUCCAAUUGAAGCCUCGUGUUCAAGAAAGGAAGUCACUCGAUCACAGAAAAUUAAACGUACUCGAAUCAUCGAGUCGCCAGAUGAUUCAAUCCGUUCGUCACCCAUGUCCCAUUUUCGGCAAGGUUCCGGAAACGAAUUGAAGAAAGCCCCGCCCUCAGUUACGCGUCAAGCACGCGAAACAAAAGCCAAAUCUCCCUUGGCAAAAAUACCUUCGCUCAAAUCCUUCAAGCCUGCUAAGUCUCACGAUUAUACCCAGGAAAAAUCGGAUACGCCCCAAACGAUCGAGUAUUCAACUCUCUCAAGAAAAAAAAUGAAGGCAUCUGCUCGAUUUGCCUCGGAAGAGAUCAUCGAUUCAUGCUCUGACGCCGAAGAUGAAAAAAAUCUGACUCGAUCUGAGAGUAUUGCCUCGAUUGAAGAAGUUUCCGACCAAAUCAUGACAAGCAAUCAACCUGAACCAAUCCCGCACAGUGAUCCCGAAGUAGAAGACGAAAUCCUUUCAGACGACCUUGACGCCAGAUUUUCCAAAUCUUCAGCUCAAUUUUUGGAAAUGAAGAUGCCGCAGAAUCUCCCGGGAAAGAGGAAUGCGGACGGCGAUCACCGCAGCAUUACGGGCAUGGCGAGUAGGUCUCGAUCAGUGGCUCGCAAAAACGAAUCAAGCAAGCCCCAACAAGCUCAAAAAAAAGUUCCAAAGGACCUUGAAAAGGCUGGGCUUCUCGAAAAUCGGAAAACCGACCCGGGGUCGAAACUGAAAAGACUAUCACCCAGCAAAAGUCGUCUCGAGCGUAGUACUUUUUCACCUGAAAUUGAUGUCAUCGAGCAAGCCCGUCCGUCCGUCCGUAAAACUGCUUUUGGCCUAGAUGUCUUGAAGAAGUUCCAUCGUCGAAAAGAGGAUACCGAUCAAGAGGAGUUAGACACACAAAGAACUAAGCGGGGAAUUCGAAUCUCUGACCUGGGGAAAAAUCUCAUCACAAGACCGAAAAAAUGCUUCCAGCCGGAUCAGAGUAAUCUCAGGAUGGUUCAAGAUUCGAAACCCAAAAAAUCAGCCGAACACUCAAUCAAUCCAAUCUUAUCUGCCAUCAAAAAGACAGUUCAAACCCCGUCAUCUGUCGAUUCGACCGCUCAAAAAACCUUCAAUCCAUUCGAGGCAAGCCUAAGACCCAUAAAGAGCUCCGAGGCCAGCGGCUCAAAGCGUGUUGGAAGAACGAUAGACGUGGAUCAGCUUUCAAGCACUCCUUUAUCCAGAAUGCGCUUGGAAGGCUCUGAGAGGAGUAAUGAAUUCAUGGGCAAGGGUGAAAAUCUGCGCAAACCGAAACGCAUUAGGUUCGAGUCGCCUCGCAGCGCUCCUAUACCACGAAAGAUUAAUCAUUCGAGGUCAAACAACAGGGACACUUCGCAAAGGGAUACUCCAUCUCCCGUCGAGGGAGAUCGUGCUGGUGAAAACGAAAUUUUACAUUCCGUUAAACGAAAGAGGGCCCAACCAGACAUUCUUCUGAAGGAUAGCAAAGACCUAUUGAAGUCUGCGCUGAAGACAAGCACGCCUUCUCGAGCGGCUGCUCGGUCGAACCUCGAAAAUUUCCAAGCAAAUCCAGAAAAUCAGAAGAUUCGCGGCUCGUCUAUACUUGGAAUCGACCAGGAGGCUCCUGUUGGAUUAUACCAAAGUUCAUCCACGUCUGGAAAACUUGUAGAUUGGUCGAAAAAAGCAACGGCUGCGUCUCCCUCCAAGUAUUCGGAUCCAGUCAGGAAUGAAAAAGUGAAUGCAUGGGAAGAAGAUGCGUCAAGCUACAUGAAUCAGUUGUCAGAGAUGGCUGUUGCGGGCAUCAGAAAUAAGCAAGUGAAGAUCAAAGGUGUUGCUGCCACGACUCAACUAGGUAUCCUCACCUCAGCCAGCAAUAUUAUCAAAGAAUUCGACGAGCAAAGUGAAGCGAUCAAAGAAGGUAUCGCGCAACAUGCACUGCAAACACAAAAGGAAUACAAGCAGUACCACAACGACGUCAAGCAGUAUCGGAUAAAAAUGCAGCAGGAUGUUAACUGGGCCAAUGCCUACAUGAACGAGCGCACCAAGGACGCUUCUCCCGACGCUGAAUAA